AGCUCAGAACUUUAGGAGCUCCAGUUCGUGAGGCGGCUGUUCGGUCUGGUUGCGCGUUUCUGAAUAUUUUCUGAAGUUUCUCAGUCGAUUCGCUGAAGAUUCGCUGAAGAUGGGCGGCGAGUCAACCCCAGCAGCAGUUCGCUCCUCGGCCCAGGACUGAUACUCCCCGGAGGAGGAGGAGGAGGAGGACCUGAUCCCAGUAGGAGCUGCUGGAGAAAGCGGGCGAGAUGCUGCUGCUGGUCCGGGGGUCUCUGCUUCUGCUCCUGCUCUGCUGCAGGACGGCGCACUGCGUCUACAAGAUCCCCCUGAAAAUCUUCUCCCCAGGCUCCUUCAGCUCCUCAUCAGCGGGCCUGCAGCUCCAAGCUCCCAAACCCAACCAGACAGCUCCGCGGAGCGCCCUGUCUCUGGCCUCAGACCCAUCUGGAGCUGUGAACUUCUUAGACAUGGUGAACAACCUGAAAGGAGACUCUGGUCGGGGGUAUUACAUGGAGAUGGUGAUCGGGACUCCGGGACAAACGUUGAAUAUCCUGGUGGAUACUGGAAGCAGCAACUUUGCAGUGGCAGCAGCACCGCAUCCCUACAUCGCAACUUACUUCAACAGAGCACAAUCCAGCACCUACCAGACCAGUGGCAGGUCUGUGUCAGUCAGGUACACCCAAGGGAACUGGGAGGGGGAACUGGGCACUGAUCUGAUCACCAUCCCUCACGGUCCAAACGGCACGAUCACCAUCAACAUUGCUGCUAUAUUAACCUCAGACGACUUCUUCCUCCCCGGCAUCAACUGGCAGGGAAUCCUGGGGCUGGCGUACCCUUUAUUAGCUCGGCCGGAUCCAUCAGUGGAGCCUUUCUUCAAUUCUCUCGUGCUGCAGACUGGCAUCCCAGAUGUCUUCUCUCUCCAGAUGUGCGGAGCAGGACUCUCUAUCAGUACUGCGUCUGAGCCGGCAGGGGGCAGUUUGAUCAUGGGGGGUGCUGAACCAACACUGUACCAGGGCUCAGUGUGGUACACUCCAAUCCUGCAGGAGUGGUACUACCAAGUGGAGGUCCUGAAACUGGAAGUUGCCGACCAGAAUUUAAGCCUGGACUGCAAGGAGUACAAUACAGAUAAAGCAAUUGUGGACAGCGGGACGACUUUACUGCGGCUGCCGGUGAAGGUGUUCAAUGCUGUGGUGGAGGCCAUCUCACAAAUGUCACUGGUCCAGGAUUUCUCCUCAGGUUUCUUCGCUGGGACAAAGCUAGCUUGCUGGGUAAAAGGAGAGUCACCAUGGAGGUUCUUCCCCAAAAUCUCGAUCUACCUCAGAGGCACCAACAGCAGCCAGUCUUUCCGCCUUACCGUAUUUCCACAGCUUUACAUUCAGCCAGUCACAGAUUUGGAUGGCACGCUGAAUUGCUUCAGAUUUGGCAUCUCUUCCUCCACAAAUGGUCUUGUGAUUGGUGCCACAGUCAUGGAGGGUUUCUAUGUCGUUUUUGACCGUGCUCAGAAGAGGGUGGGCUUUGCUGUGAGCUCCUGCGCUGAAAUGAAUGGGGUUCCAGUGGCAGAGAUAGCAGGACCGUUCCCAGCUGAUGGAGCGUGUAUCGGCACUUUCCCUCUGCAGGAGCCUCUGUUGUGGAUCAUAGCCUACUCUCUGAUGGGGGUGUGUGCGCUGGUGCUGCUCAUACUCCUCAUUCUGCUGGUGGUCCCCUGUCGCCGCCGGUACCCGGAUGCAGAGAUCACGGACCAAUCCUCGCUUGUACGCCAUCGCAUCAAAUGAUGUCGGGCCACUGACUCGGCCCAAGUAGUGCUGAACAGGUCUCUGGCUCAGGAGACUCUUGGACCACAAUUUUCUGCUUGAAGUUGGAUGACUUUCUUUGUUAAUAGUCUUAGACAUUUCCGACUGUUCGUUUUGGACACAUAUUGAAACCGGACGUGAAGAAUACUACUGAGUUCGUCUUUGUAAACAAAUGAAACCCCAAUGGACCACAAGGUUAAAAGGAAUUUUCCAGUGUUUUUACACCUAAUCUUUGUCACAUGUUCCCAAAACCUGGACACUGGGAUCUUUUUAACAUGAUUCAAAUCAGUGCUGUUUUUUUUUGUUCUGUUCUGUUUUUUUCCCUUAAAAAAACACGUUAAUUGACUAUGGGUGGCACAAUGGUGUUGCAGGUAGUGUGUAUGUGUUGCACAGUUCCAGAUCAGUACAAUCCUUUAUCUCAAUCUGUGACUGAAAUGGAUCCCCUAUUACUCCCUUAUUAGUGUUGCACUAUAUAGGCAAAGACUGUUUGGUGGAUGUUUUAAUUGAAUGCCGUUAUUAACUGGACAGUACUAGACAGUAGAAAAAGAAAGAAAUCAGAAAUACAGUACCAGUCAAACAUUUGGACAUACCUUCUCAUUCAUUAUCUAUUUACUUUCUAUAUUGUAUAUUAAUAUUAAAGACAAUUAAGGGAUACAUAUGGAGUUAUGUAGUCAACAAGAGAUCAACAGAGAUUUAGAGAUUUCAGGCGAUUUUGGAUGAUUGUGGAUUUUGUUCAGCACCUCCAGGAACUCCUUCAUUAAGACUGAGAAAAUUAUUCCAGGUGGCUCUCCCUCAUGAAGACACUGAGAUUAAAAUACCAAGAGUGUGCAGAUCUGUCCUUAACGAUAAAUGUGCUACUUAAGUAUAAAACAUAUUCUGUUAAAAUAAUAAAAUAAUCCCAUGUUUCUAUAUAGCUUAAAUGUUUACAUUAUAUAUUAAAUAUUUAAAUAUAUAUUAAAUUUACAACGUAAAGAAAAACAUAAAAAAAAAGAAAACACAUUUAAUGAGAAGAGGUGUGUCCAAACUUUUGGCUGGUACUGUAUUAUAAUGAAAAUCUCAUAACUACUGAAAAUGAGCUUCAUUUACGUCAGAUGUCAGAGCUGGGCGUGACGUCACAGUAGAGUUGAAUGUAUUUCAGUUCAGUGUUGUAAUUUUACGCUAUUACAAAAUAUUUUGUGUGUACAACUUUCUAUUUAAUUCUACACAAACAGAUAAAAAUAAUAAACUGUAUAAUACUACUGAAUUUACAUCUUGGAUUUUGGCUUGGGGCUGGUGAAGCUCACCCUACUUUUCAAAUAGGAAAUCUGAGGGGUGAAAGCGUUCCAGUUGAAAGUUUCUACAGAAAUUCCGACAUUCAAGGUCAAAUGGAGCACAGCAUUGUCUCACAGUAGUAAGGCCUACUAAAUUUUAAGUCUUAAGAUACAAAAAGAUGUUGAAAAGGUUAAGGCCUCUGCAGACUCCCUUUGCUGAAUGUUUAUGAAUGUUCUUAAGUGUUGCAUUAAGCCAAAUGUGCAUUCACAAGCUUAUGUAUUACAUAUUCAUGUAAUACAUAAUAAAAAACUGUUACAGUAUAAAAAAACGCACUGUGAGUAAAAGAAUCUUUACAAAUAAUAAUUAAAAAGUUGAUGCUGUGCUUUUGAUAAUUCACAAAAUUUGGCAAUAAAAUAUCAAAAAUUAUAUCAAUAGCAAAAUAUCAAUUUUUACACAGUGUCUUCGCAACCUAUGUGUUUUUUAUUUCUCCUUAAUUAUUUCACCAUUAGUCACCAAAGCCAAGCAAACAUCAUCUCAUUGAGAAUUAUGCUGAGGCCUUUAAUCCCUCCACCAAAUGUCAAAUAAAAACAAAUUCUCUCAAACUCAACAAAACAAAUAAAUAUAUCUGCCUACAUGGAUUUGUUUUUAUCUUAAGCAAAGGUGUCCUGUCUAAAUGCACUACAACAAAAGCAGCUGAAAUAAUAAUAAUACCCUGCAAAUGAAGGAUAUAUUGUCUGUGUUUUGAAUGAAGGUAAGGAAUCUUCCUGUAUUUUAAUGAAGGAUCAGACCUGAGAUCAUGAAUCUGGUUAGUUUUAAUAUUUCUUCUUCUUCUCCCCUUCCUCCCUCCCUCUCUCCCGAUAUAAUGACCGUUUGUAUUUGUUAAAUAUCUCAAAGACUGAAUAUACAAUAUACACAUUUCAAAUUUACAUAUUAUGUAUAUUCUUUAUCUGUUUAUCUGUUAGCGGUGAUGGUUUACCUCCAGACUCUCAGUCAUGUUUUAUUUAAUGCUUGAUUGUUUUUUUUUUUGUUUACUUUUUUCAUCUUUUAAACAUGUUGAAUGAUUUUGUACCAUACACAGAUACCUGACUGUCUAUUUGAUUGUAUUAAGAGUUAUUAACGGCACAUCAACAAUCAAACUUGCACUUCACAGUAUAUACAAAUAAAUUGUGUGAAAAGAGAACAACUGCAAUAAAAUAUUUGCCAAAGUA